UCUCCUCCCCUUCCUUCCUUCGUUCUCUUUCUGUCUCUAUAUAUGUAUAUAUAUAUAUAGAAAGAGCCACCACGGGCGGAGACGGAUGUGAUUGCAGGGAGGGGGCGGAGAUGUGCGUGGUGUUCCUAUGCAGGGAGGAGGAGGAGGUGUUGGGUACGCACAAGGCGCCGGGGAGCUGCCCCUACUGCGGCGGUGCGGUGAUGGCCACCUACGUUGAGAGCGCGUGGAGGCUCUGCUUCCUCCCCCUCUGCCACAAGAUCAAGCGCAAGUUCUCCUGCACCUGCUGCUCCCGCCGCCUCGUCGCCUACCCGUAGCUGCCACCCUCCAAUCCUCUCAAGAUCCGACGACCUUUCCUCUCAAAAUCGUGGCGCUUUGGCACCGUUCUCUGUGAAAGAUCACAUCUUUUUGCUUCGUUAGUCGGCAGUUUUCUGUUCUCGUUGUCAUCGUUUUAGCUCUGUUUUUUGUUUUCAGGGUUUUUGUUACAGAAGCGUUUUAGAUGAACUUGUUUUAUCUCUCUCUCUCUCUCUCUGCACCAAUAUCUCAGUUUGGAUGGACUGAGAAAUUAGACUGAGGAAAUAUCUUCAUGAUCUGCCAACACUUUCUA